AUGCCGUUCACAAUUCAGAUCCCUCCACAGCCCAAUAAGGAGGACCUUGGGGCAACAUGGAACUAUCUCCAAGCGGGCAUCUCCCGUGUGAUGCAUGCGCAAGAUAUCGAUAUGCAACUCUAUGUUGGCAUCUACACCGCUGUUCACAACUUCUGCACUUCACAAAAGGUGAUGACAAUCAAAGCCCAUACCGAUGAGGCUCUGCUCUCAUUCUAUAUCAAAGAGUGGGACCGGUACACGGUUGCUGCCAAAUAUAUCCACCAUCUUUUUCGGUACUUGAACCGGCAUUGGGUCAAGCGUGAGAUGGACGAAGGGAAGAAGGGCAUCUAUGAUGUUUAUAUCCUACACCUAGUAAAAUGGCGCCAAGUGCUAUUUGAGCAGGUGCACGGCAAGGUGAUGGAUGCCGUGCUCAAGCUUGUCGAAAAACAGCGAAAUGGCGAGACGAUUGAGUAUAGCCAGAUUAAGGCCGUUGUCGACUCCUUCGUUUCCUUGGGCCUCGACGAAACCGACCCUUCAAAAUCGACACUUGACGUAUACCGAUUCCACUUCGAGAAGCCCUUCCUCAAGGCUACGGCGGACUUUUACCAAGCCGAGUCGAAACAGUUUGUCAAUGAGAAUAGCAUCGUUGAGUACAUGAAGAAGGCAGAGGCUCGAUUGGACGAAGAAGACGAGCGAGUGCGCACGUACCUGCACCAGGAUAUCGCUGUACCACUCAAGACCACCUGUCACCAAGCCCUCAUUGCGGAGCAUUCGGCACUUCUUCGGGAUGAGUUCCAGGUCCUCCUCGAUAACGAUCGUGAAGAGGAUAUGGCUAGGAUGUAUAAACUCCUCUCUCGUAUUCCAGAGGGCCUCGAUCCGCUGCGACAGAAGUUUGAAAGCCACGUCCGAAAGGCUGGCUUGUCGGCCACGCAUACAAAAUACCAGGCUCUCGUGAAGAAGGCCUUCUGCGACGAGCCCGAGUUCACCAGGGCCCUCGAUAACGCUUGCCGAGAGUUUGUAAACCGAAACGAGGUGUGCAAAUCAGGCUCGAACAAGUCUCCCGAGUUGGUUGCCAAGUAUACGGAUGUUCUUUUGCGCAAGGGCGGAAACAGUGUUGAGGAGUCGGAACUGGAAGCCACCUUGACCCAGAUUAUGACCGUCUUCAAGUACAUCGAGGACAAGGACGUGUUUCAAAAGUUUUACUCGCGCAUGCUCGCCAGGCGGCUUGUGCAUGGCAACUCCUCCUCUGACGAUGCCGAGACCAGCAUGAUUAGCAAACUCAAGGAAGCCUGUGGUUUCGAGUACACGAACAAACUCCAGAGAAUGUUCCAGGAUAUGCAGAUCUCUAAGGAUCUCAACACCAACUUCCGCACCCAAGAGGCAGACAAGGAAAGCGGGGGCUCGACUUUGGACUCCCAGUACUCCAUCCUAGGCACCGGGUUCUGGCCUCUACAGCCGCCCACCACCAAAUUCAACCCUCCGGCGGAGAUUGCGAACGACUUUGAAAAGUUUACCCGGUUUUACAAGGAGAACCACGAGGGGCGAAAGCUAACGUGGCUCUGGAACUUGUGCAAAGGAGAGGUGAGGGCGCAUUACUGCAAGGGCGCAAAAACACCCUACACCUUCCAGGUGUCGCUCUAUCAGAUGGCCAUCUUGCUUCUCUUCAACGAACGGGAUACAUAUAGUUACGACGACAUUGCGGCGACAACUCAGCUUAACCCAGACGUGCUGGAGCAGGCGAUGGCUACCAUCCUGAAGGCAAAGGUGCUCCUCGUGUCGCCGGAGGGUAGCAAGGCGAAGCCGGGCGCGUCAUUCAAGCUGAAUACCGACUUCAAAAACAAGAAGAUCAGAAUCAAGCUAGACCAGGGUGGUGUUAAGGAGACGAAGCAAGAGGAGGCCGAGACCAACAAGACUAUUGAAGAGGACCGAAAAAUCCUUAUCCAGGAAGAGGAUGAAGCACGCGCAGCUCGUCUCGAGACAAUUACCCAAAUCAAAUCGAGGUUCAACCCCAAGAUCCCCGAUAUCAAAAAUGCAUAG